AGGCUGUGCCUCUACGUUAGGAAGGCAUGCGUUCCGAUUUCUCCUGCUCAGGCAGUUUUUCCAGUUCUUUGAGAACUGUCAGGGCUUUCCCUCUGCCUGUUAAGGAGGAUAAUCUGACUGUCCAGGGUUAGGCAGGAGCCAGGGACACGCUGAGCAAACCUGAAAAACAACUCUCGGGAGAAGGCGUUAUCUUCAAGCUCACCCUUCGCCAAAAUGGGCAUGACCAUUCUCCCCUAGACAGGGACCUUGUCCUCCUUUGGGCCCCGGGCUUAGUAUGUUUGGCCCUCCCCUCCCCGCCGGCUCACCACCGGCCCUCUCCACGUCACGGCUUGUGGGCGGGGCAGGAACGAACCUGGACAGGCGGAGGGAGGCUGCCAGCGCCGGCUGAUGCUAUGAUUCAACUCGCGGAGCUCAGGGUACAUCCCGAAGAGGCUGUGCCUCUGAGCGGGAGAGUUCCUCAAGAGAACGUUCUCCAGGUGGAAGACCCCGAGGCAGCCCAGGCUAGAAGACAAAACUCCUGGAAAUUCUGCAAGAGACCUGUGAAAGGGAAGUAUAAACUGUGGAUGGCAGUUGCUUCUCUCUUCAUAGGCUUCAUUUUAAUGAUUAUUAUAGUCAUUUUGAUCCAUGAAGUAACCUACAGUGAUGAAGAUGAAAAUGAAAUAUUUGAAUUGUCAUUUAAUAAGACAUUCUUGGUCACACUAAAGAUUCCAGAACCGUGCAUGGCUAAAGAGGACUCAUUAUCUAAUGAGCUCAAUGAAAGGCUCAGAAGUCUAUACAGCUCGUCUCCAGCUCUGAGUCGAUAUUUUGCUUCAGUUGAAAUAGCUGGCUCCAGUAGUAACAACUCCACCAUGGCAUACCACUUGAACUUUGUGGCUCCAUCAGAGGAUGGCCUGUUUAUGGAGUAUAUGAUGAGCAAGGAGUUGGUGCUGGGCAUCUUACGUCAAAAUUUUCAUGAUCAGAGUGUAGUUGGCUGUGAAACUCUAGGGACUGAUCCAGCCUCUCUCACACUCUCCUAGUCAGACCCUCAUUUUCUGAAGGCAAUAAUCUCCUGGUAUCUGUUACUUUUCCAGAGAGCAAAAACUCAUUUUGUUUUAGAGACAGAAAUCUGCUAACACCAUCAUUCUGAAGAUUCAUUAGAGACUCUGACAGUGUCCAUCUGAACCUUUAUCCUGCCAGAGCCAGCCUACUUGACUCUUCCUGUGAUGGGGCAGAAGAAAAAGCCAUCAUUAAAGCCACAGAGACAUCCCCUCCACUGGGAGGAAUAGCAAGAAAAUGAACUCUCCUGCAGAUAAUCUGGCUGCCGUGCCCCCCUCAAUAGUACAAUAACACCUGAACAGCCCCAGUUGUAUAAGCUUGUAACGCAGCCUUGUUCACACAUUCCACUGAAUACUGCCACUGCCUUAUUGCCAAAUUGGAGCAUUUCUGGGCAAGUUUCUUUCAUGGCAGCUGGGUUUCCAAUGGUCAUUCGAAACCAUCCUGUUAGACAAGUGGUAGCUCACUCCUUGAUUGUAAGCAAUGAUGUGGGGGACUAGAGGCCCAUGGGUCCCCACUGGGAAAGAAGAUGGAAAUUUCCCAGAGAUAAGGGAAGAAUCUAGUCAAUCAUUCCCUGUAGGUUUCUGGACAGUGGAUAAAAAUGAUACUAUCUACCUCCUAGCACUGGUGUACUUUGGGCUAGUACAAAGUGCUAAAUGAUAAAGCCCUGAUCACCUGUGUGAGAGUAGGGGACCCUAGCACACUGAUUGCCAUGUGAAUUAUGACACCCUGUCUUUGCUCUAUCAUAGAGUAGCCUUUUGCUACUAUAUGUCAGUGUAUUGUUUCUAGUACAUGGGUUUGGGAACUGGGGUAGCUGGGUGAUGCAGCAGAUAGAGCGCAGGUCCAGGAGCCAGGAAGACCUGAGUUCAAAUCCAGCUUCAGACACUUACUAGAUGUGUUCCCCUGGGCAAGUCAUGUUAUCCUGUUUGCCUCUGUUUCCACAUCAAUAAAAUGAGCUGGAGAAGGACAUAACUAAUCACUCCAAUACUUUUGCCAAGAAAAUCUUGAAUGGCAUCCCAAAGAGUCAGAUAUAAAUAAAAAGCAAAUGACCAACAACAAUUUGGGAAUUAGAACUUAACCUGAAUUAAAAACAAACAGUUUUCAUCAUGGAGGGGAAAAAAUAACUUUCUUUUUGGUCUUGUGAAUUUCUAGCACUUUGAUCAAUAUGUCAGACUCACUAAGUUGACCUGACACUAUUAUGCAAACGAAGCUUUCUCUUUACUUCUCUAUUUUAGUGCUACGUUGCACAUCCUUUCUUGCAUCAGUCACUUUACCUGUGCAGCCCAAUGCCUCAAUAUUUUGGAGGUAGCAAAAAAAUAACUAAGCAUAUGACAUAUUUAUAAGCAGCAGGAUAGAAUUACAGAGAGAAUGCUAGGGAUGAUGGUCAGGGAGAUGAGUUCAUACCCCACCCACCUAUUAUUAGCUUUGCGACCCUGGGAAAUAAGCCUCUGCCCUUAGUUCUCGUAUUGGUGAAAUGAAGACAAUAGCAUCUACCUCGCUGUAUUGUUAGGGCAGUUAAGUGGCCCAGCCGAUAGAGAGUCAGGCCUGAAGUCAGGAAGAAUCCUCUUCCUGAGUGCAAAUUUGGCCUCAGACAUUACUAGUUAUUUGACUCUGGACAAGACACUUAAAUCGCUUUCUCCUCUGAACAAUGAGCUGGAGCCAACCACACCAAUAUCUUUGCCAAGAAAAUCCUAAAUGGAGUCAUGGAGAGUCAGACAUAAAUGAAAAACAAGUUGUUUGGAGGAUCAGAUGAGCUAAUGCACGUAAAGCACUUUGGAAAACUUAAAUGUUUGGCAAAUGAGAUCAUCUAUUGUUGAUUGCAGGAUAACCUCAUAAAUAAAUCGUACGUGGUUGGUAAUUUAAUAUCCCUACAAUACUGAGACAGUGGCAUUGACCUGAAGAGGUAAACAGUCAUCAUGGUUGCAAAAUAGAAACCUUUUUUUCCUAUUAUUGCUCUGGAUUCAUUUUGAAAGUAUCAUCCUGUGACUCAGAAGCACCUCCUGCUGGUUGUCACUGGAAAUGGGGUCUCCAGUCUGUCAAUACAGUGCUCUCCCAUCGCUGAAGAGAUCGAUUCCUUUGGUGUUUUCCACAAAGAAAUGUUUCAUGAUUAAAAAAUGAAGGAUCCCUGAUCUUUAUUGUCUUCAAGUUAAAUUGAACCUCCUGGGGAAGAUGGGGAGAUGGAUAAAUGUUUGCAUAUCCCUCACUAUUUGCAUGUUUCUCUUUCUUCCUGUAACAGAUGUAUCUACAGAACUGAAUUCACAUUUGGCUAGCUUUUUAUGCACAUUAAAGAUGGCGUGGUAUCAUAGAUGAAUGUCAGAAACUUACCAGGUGUGUGACCUGGACAAAUCACUUAAAUGUAUGUGCCUCAGUUUCCUCAUUACUAUCUGUGUGACCUGGGCAAGUCACUUAAACCUCUUUGCCUCAGUUUCCUCAUUUAUAAAAUGAGCUGAAGAAGGAAAUGGCAAACCCCUAAUAUCUUUACCAAGAAAACCCCAAGUGGAGCCACAAAGAAUCAGACACCACUAAAAAGACACAGUGAUAACAAUGUAAAGAUGCUAGAAAAACCUUGCAUGAUAUACUGGGUCAUUUAUUUCCAACUUAACAGCUAUCUUCUUUCCAACUUCAAUUACUUUUUGUCAUAUUUAUUAGUAAUAAAAUCUAUAUUUUUGUUUUGUAAUUUGUGUAUUUACUUUUUACUGUAUAUUAUAUGACUUCUCAGUUAAUUGAAUAAAUCACUUAAAAAUGUGUUAUUGUGGUUUGGGGGACGCUUCCUACUUGUGUGACCCUGGGCAAGUCACUUAACCCCCAUUGCCUAGACCUUACCACUCUUCUGUAUCGGAGUCAAUACACUGUAUUGAUUCUAAGGGAAAGUUAAGGGUUUAAAAAAUAUGGUUUGGGGGAUCCUAACAAGGCUUUCCUUGUUCAAAGUUAUCUCCCUUGCAUGUUGACCAUGGUUUUUGAAACCCUGCUGGGGAAAGUGAUUUGGUUUGGAAAUUGGGGAGGGGUGUGCAACUUUAAUUCUAGUUUAGUCAUUUUGUGCAAGUUAUUCUGCUCUUUGGGCCCUGUACCGUUCUCUACCAUCAUAUGAUGCUUAGCACUUCCUUAGUUAAACCACCUCUCCCCCAGACAUCACCAAUUGUUAAAUAUUGCUAAAAAAAUUAAAAUGUUGCCUAUUAGUAGAGUAUUUUCUAAGCACAACAAUCAAUAUAUGUUAUUGCUACAAUAUGGCCAGCAAUGUGUUGAUAAAUGUUUAAUAACCAUCUCUCCAACAAUAAAUUGUACACUCAAGUUCAAUCUA